AUAGAGUCCACUCUUAUCUGAAGAUGGGUUGCCGCCAUUUGGAUGUUUUCAAAGUGUUAUUGAUCAUCCGUUCCUUAAACAACGGGGUAUGAUAAGAAUGUCGCGGAAUGUCACGAGAUACGGGUAAAUACACCGCAGGAAGUAAUUUACAUCAUUUCACCAACGAGUAGGAUAUAUGUUAUUCCUAGCUAUGCGAACCUUCGGUAGACGAAAUGUUAAACAUUUAUUCAAGAAAAUAUCAAUUGGAGUCCUUGUGACAUGGCUCGUAUCUUUAAUGUACCACCAUAUAGUGCCUGGCAGCUACACCACCAAACAAUGUCAAAUACAGAGACCGUUGGACGAGAAAUCUAUCAGAAAGCAUUUUUGGGUUCCCGCUAACGUUAGCUGCUACUCUUGGUCAGAAUUGGUUUUUCUUAAUUCAUCCGGGUUUCUUCAUUUCAACCAAUCAGCUGCACCUUGGUCACAAGAAAAUAUGCGUGCUCUCCGAUGCAAAUAUUCAACUAUCUAUCUAUUCGGUAUGAACGAAGCUCGUUUUUACGAGUUUCAGAUUUCGUCAUUCCCUUUGCAAAUAGACCGAGAUUUUAUUCAUGUGUCUUGUACAGUAAACAGAACGACUGUGUACGCGAAUUUCCUCUACAAUGUGAAUCCAAAAACAAACAGAAGACGUUUGAUACCUGAGUCAGAAAACCAACUGAAUAUAUAUAUUUUUGGAUUCGACUCCGUGUCACGUUAUCUGGCUGAGAGGAAAUUAAGACGGACUCUACAUGUCCUCGAAAAUAAAUUGAAUGCCUACAAAUUUGAGGGAUAUGCACGCGUGGGUGAUAAUACCUUUCCAAAUCUAUUAGCUGCCAUGGCAGGAAAGACCAUCACAGAGGCCAUAUUGUCUCGCACAGGAAAUUCAUUAUACUCGGAAGUGAUCAAACGUGGCUACAUCGACUGUCAUGUUGAAGAUUGGACCUCUUAUUAUCCACCUUUUGUAUUAUCGUAUCCAAAUUAUACUCACUAUCUGAGAACGUUGUUCCUGUCAAGAGAGAAUCCUAAUCUUAAAAUAGUAAAGACGAGCAAAGAACACGCAAAUCUUCGAAAGGUGGUUGAUCCAAAAUGCUUCGGAAAUCAAAAACAACACAAGAUUAUUUUAGAUUAUACUAGGAUGUGUAUUGAACGGUACAAAGGUUUGAGGAAAUUCGUCUUCUUUUGGCAAAAUGAAAUAAGUCAUCAUCAGCCGAAUUUUCUUUCUCUAGCGGACCAGGACACAGCUGACCUAAUAUCAUGGAUGAAUGACAACGGUCAUCUGACCAAUUCUGUUCUGAUACUUAUGAGUGACCAUGGUCCUCGUUAUGGCCCCAUUGCUAGACAUGAACUCGGUGUACUAACAAGAAAUCUUCCUUUACUUAGCAUUUAUAUUCCACGCGCUGUCAUACAGAAGUAUCCACAUAUACACGAGAAUUUUCUUACAAACAGAAUGCGUCUCUCUACUCCUUUUGAUCUUCAUGAAACUCUCAAAGACGUUUUAUUUCAAACCUUAAACAAAAAAUCAACAUUACCUUCUUUUUCAUCACCAAGGGGAAUAAGUCUUUUUCAAGAAAUACCAAAAUACAGAACUUGUUACGAUGCGUCAGUGCCAGAAAACUACUGUCCGUGCUAUAAUUCAGAACCGUUAGAUAUCCAUAAUUCUAUGGUAAGGAGUGCAGCUAGUUUUGCAGUACUUCAUAUAAAUAUACAACUGAUGAAGUCCAAUUUCUCGUGUAACAAUUUACAGCUAAUGUCAGUCCACUCGGCAAAGCUUCAAAAAAUUCCCCAGAAACCGAACUCCGCAAAAGUAAUGCAGACGUCUGUCAUUUUUGAAACUAUACCGGGACAUGCAAUAUUCCAAGCAACAAUCCGAAGGUAUUCACAAAGUAUUCACAGCAUGGAGAUCAUAGGAGACAUAGAAAGAGUAAACAGUUAUGGCAAUCAGUCUAGUUGUGUUCCUAACGAACCAAUCAAUGCACAGUACCGUUUAUAUUGCUUUUGUGUCUAAUAACAAACGAAUUCACCGACUAUUAUUCAUUUGUAUUUCUAUUCAGUUGCAUCAUUGCAUGUACUGCUUUUAUGUGAUAGAUAACUCCCGAAAUGAAUACAGUUAUCACAUUGAUUGCAUUUUACAUUGAAUUGGAUAAAUCGAAAGAUUAUCAUUC